AAAACCCAAAGCUCACUUUUUCUUUCCAAUGCUCAUUUGACUUCUCCAGUAAUGUGCAAGAAAUGCUAUCUAUAGUCUUAAGUUUAAACGCUAAGCAGACCCCUUUGUCUGAGCUUUGCCUUUCUUUCAUCUCUCUCUCAUAUUUUUUUUCAUUUCCACCGAGAAAGAAAGUGAGUGAAAACUAGCUCUUUCACUCGCUUUCUGAAUUUGGCAUAUCGGACUCUUUUGAGAGGAAGGCAUAAUGUUGAAGACAUUUGUUAACCUCAUUGUUCUUUGCAGCCUUUUCUUGGCAGCUGUUGUAUCCUCAAAGCACCACGGGAACCCAGCAGAUGAUCUUGUUGAACUCAUCAACAUGAACCGAACAGCUCAUAAGCUUCCUGAAUUAAGUAAUAGUCCUGGCCUGGGGUGCGUUGCCCUGCAGUGUGCAGAGGAAUGUCAAGCUAACUGCACUAGUGAUAAUGCCAUAAAUUGUCACCCUUCCGCCGAUGAUUUUACUGAAAUUUUUGCUCCCAAUUGUGGUGUGGAGCUGCCAACUUUUGGAACCAUAUCUGGCCAUGUUGUUGGCUGUCAUCACAAAGAUCUCACGCCUUCAGAAGCCUUCUCAAAUGUGCUUUUCCGAGACAAGAAAUCUUUCUCCCUUUUGGGAAACAGAUCACAUAACGAAGUAGGAAUUGGCAUAUUUCGAGCCCAUAAGCACAAAGGUCCCUAUUUGUGGUGUGUUUUAUUUAGCAGUAGUCAAACAAAUACCACGUUUGUUCUUGAUGAUCUUGGAGAGGGAUCAAGCAGAUAA